ACACCGCCCCCGCCCUCAGGGCUCUCUCCUCAGGGAAAAGAACCGUUAGCGCCUCCUCCCCUCCCCCCCACCUUUCCAUACUCCCCUCCCCGGAGGCUGCCUUGGCUGCCUGUGGAGACCCGGCCAUGGAGAGCGAUGACAUCUGCUCCUCCCCUCCGCAGGUCAACUCCUCAAGUUUAGACCUAAGAACGCAAGUUCUUCAGUUCGUACAAGAUCGAAUGCAGACUACUAUGUUAACUGGAAUAAUCAUUGGUGCAACAGUUGCCCUGCUGCUCAUUGGGAUCGUUGUGUAUUUUGUUUACAGGAAGGUGAAGCAAUCAAAGCAACCUCAGCCACAUGUGCCUCAGUACAGGUUCCGCAAGAGAGACAAAGUCAUGUUCUAUGGCCGCAAGAUCAUGCGCAAGGUUACAACUCUACCAAACUCUCUGGUUGGAAACUCGGUCCCUCGGCAGCGGAUGCGGAAGAGGGCCAAAGUAUUGUCCUUGGCAAAGAGGAUCCUGCGCUUCAAGAAGGAGUCCCCCACCCUGCAGCCGAAGGAGCCUCCACCCUCUCUGCUCGAGGCAGAUUUAACGGAGUUUGACGUGAAGAAUUCCCACUUGCCCUCUGAAGUCCUUUACAUGCUUAAAAAUGUCAGGGUCCUUGGCCACUUUGAGAAGCCUCUCUUCCUGGAGCUCUGCAAGCAUAUGGUUUUUGUCCAGCUACACGAAGGGGAGUACAUCUUCCGCCCGGGGCAGCUGGACAACAGCAUCUACGUGGUGCAGGAUGGAAAGCUGGAAGUCUGCAUCCAAGAAAGUGAUGGCACAGAGGUGGUGGUCAAAGAAGUCUUAGCAGGAGACAGUGUCCACAGCCUCCUCAGCAUAUUGGAUGUCAUCACGGGUCAUCCUGCCCCAUAUAAAACAGUUUCUGCUCGGGCGGCGAUGCCUUCGACGAUCUUGCGCCUCCCAGCCAAUGCAUUCCAGGACGUUUUCCAGAAAUAUCCUGAGACCCUUGUUAGAGUUGUGCAGAUCAUCAUGGUGAGGCUCCAAAGAGUGACCUUCCUGGCGUUGCACAACUACCUUGGGCUGACCACCGAACUCUUCAGCUCUGAGAGCCAGGCCAUCCCACUGGUGUCAGUUGCAAGCGUGACCUCUGGUGCAAAUGCCGGCAGAGCAGUGAAGAGGCAGCUGUCCAAUCUGUCAGAGGAGGACCGGGUGGAGAAGCUGGAGAAAACGGGUUCUGCAGAGACCGAUGCAGGGAAGCCUCCCAUAUCUGAGAACCCUCUCAAAAGGAGCUUGUCCUUGACAUCAUCCUCUGGAUAUUCUGAAGGAAGCCUGACUAGCAGCAAGCUGGACUUGGACAUGGCCUACGAGAGAGCCAGAGUUGCCUCUUCUUCCUCCUCCUCAGAAGUGCUUUCCAGCAAUGUCACAUGCAAGUCCAUCUUGAAGAAGACUGUGACAGUGACAGAAAUGCCCUCGGCCAUCUUCCACUAUACACAGGACCACCUCUCAGCCCAGGAGCCCAGUGCCAGGAAGCAAUCCGAGGCCAUAUUAGAAGCUGCCAAGAUGGAUCUUUUAACCUUGAUGAAGUUGGAUGACCCCUGCCUUUUGCAUGGGAAAGUGACCCUGCAUCAAGUUACUGCUGGGACAGUGGUGUCGAGGCAAGGUGACCAGGAUGUCAACAUCCGAUUUGUGAUCUCAGGAAUGCUUCAUGUUUAUCAGCGGAAGAUUGACUCAGAGGAGGAGACCUGCCUAUUCAUCACCCACCCUGGGGAGCUGGUGGGGCAGCUGGCUGCCCUUACGGGGGAGCCCCUCAUCUUCACCAUCAAGGCCAAUCGCGACUGCAGCUUCCUGGCCAUCUCCAAGUCGCACUUCUACGAGAUAAUGCGGGAGCAACCCACUGUCGUGCUAGGCGUGGCUCAUACAGUUGUGAAGCGGAUGUCAUCUUUUGUGAGGCAAAUCGACUUUGCUCUGGAUUGGAUGGAAGUCGAAGCGGGGCGGGCUGUUUAUAGGCAAGGGGACAACUCAGAUUGCACCUACAUUGUGCUGAACGGGCGGCUCCGCUCUGUCAUCAGGAUGGAUGAUGGGAAGAAGCAGCUGACGGGGGAAUAUGGCCGCGGUGACCUGAUUGGCGUGGUUGAAGCCUUAACCCACCAGCCCAGGGCAACAACAGUACAUGCAGUUCGUGAUUCUGAGCUUGCCAAACUUCCAGAGGGAGCGCUGACUUCAAUCAAACGCAAAUUCCCCCAGGUUGUGACUCGGCUUAUCCAUUUACUUGGCGAGAAGAUCCUUGGCAGCCUUCAGCAAGGGGCGGGUCACCCACUUGGACUGCAUGCCUCUGGGAGCAAAUGGGAUGCAAGCAACCCUGCUAGUAACCUCUCCACGGUCGCCAUCAUGCCUGUGUCAGAAGAUGUGCCUCUAUCCACCUUCACCCUGGAGCUCAAGCACGCCCUCUGCGCUAUCGGUCCUGCUCUGCUCCUCACCAGUGACAACAUCAAACAGCAACUUGGUUCUGCAGCUUUGGACAGCAUCCAUGAGUACCGCUUGUCCAGUUGGCUGGGCCAGCAGGAGGACAUGCACCGCAUUGUGCUCUACCAGUCUGACAGCACUCUCACCCCCUGGACUCAGCGCUGCAUCCGGCAGGCCGACUGCAUCUUGAUUGUGGGCCUGGGGGAACAGGAGCCGACGGUUGGAGAGCUGGAGCGGAUGCUGGAGAACACGGCUGUCCGAGCCCAGAAGCAGCUGAUUCUACUUCACAGGGAGGAUGGCCCCCUUCCCUCCCGGACUGUGGAAUGGCUCAACAUGCGUAGCUGGUGUUCAGCCCACCUCCAUCUUCGCUGCCCCCGGCGGGUUUUCUCACGGCGAAGCCUCCCCAAGCUGAAAGAACUGUACGAGAGAGUGUUUCAGAAGCUUCCAGACAGACACUCGGACUUCUCCCGGCUGGCCCGUGUCCUGACAGGGAAUGCGGUCGCUUUAGUGCUUGGAGGAGGUGGAGCUCGAGGAUGUUCCCAAGUGGGUGUCAUUCGAGCGCUGAAUGAAGCUGGCAUCCCAGUUGACAUGAUUGGUGGCACCUCCAUUGGCUCAUUCAUGGGUGCCCUGUAUGCUGAAGAGCGCAGCUACACCCAAAUGAGGAUCAAAGCCAGGCAGUGGGCAAUGAAUAUGAAUUCGGUGUUCCGGACGAUCCUGGACUUGACUUACCCAAUCACCUCCAUGUUCUCCGGAGCCUCCUUCAAUAAUGGCGUCUGUAACAUCUUCAAAGACAAGCAGAUCGAAGAUCUUUGGAUUCCUUACUUCAUCAUCACAACAGAUAUCACUGCCUCAGCAAUGAGAGUCCACACAGAUGGCUGCCUGUGGCGGUACAUCCGGGCCAGCAUGUCACUUUCCGGCUACUUGCCCCCCCUCUGCGAUCCAAAAGACGGACAUCUCCUGAUGGACGGAGGCUACAUCAACAACCUCCCAGCGGAUGUUGCUAGGUCUAUGGGGGCAAAGGUGGUCAUUGCCAUUGAUGUGGGCAGCAGGGAUGAGACAAACCUCACCAAUUAUGGCGACGCACUCUCUGGCUGGUGGCUGCUGUGGAAGCGGUGGAACCCUUUGGUGGAGAAAGUGAAGGUGCUGAACAUGGCCGAGAUCCAGACCCGGCUUGCCUAUGUGUGCUGUGUCCGGCAGCUGGAGAUGGUCAAGAGCAGUGAAUACUGUGAAUACAUCCGGCCACCCAUUGAUCGCUAUGGCACCUUGGACUUCGGGAAGUUCGAUGAAAUCUGUGAGGUGGGCUAUCAGCAUGGGAGAACAGUAUUUAAUGUCUGGUGCAGGAGUGGUGUCCUGGACAAGAUGCUGAAGGACAGACAGGAGCUCUGCAAAUCCAAGCUUCCAGGAGUGGUGACGUGUCCCACAACUUCUUUCACAGACCUGGCAGAAAUUGUCUCCCGAAUUGAGCCAGUCAAGGCUGUCAUAGUGGAUGAUGAGUCCGACUAUCAGACGGAGUAUGAGGAGGAAGUUCUUGGCAGCCACAAGGACGACUAUGUCAAUUUCCUGAGCAACCACACUGAAGACGACUCCGACUCCCAGGACCAAGAAGUCCGGCGCAGAAAGCGUAUCAGCAUCAUCAGCCAGGACAGCCAAGGAAGCAGCAGUACGGAGCUGAGCUGAGCUGCUUUGGGGGGGCUCCCAAGUGGCUCAGGAAAUCCUUUCCCAUUCACUACAAAACCUCCUCUCUUUGCCAUUACAAAGCUUCCUUGUUCUGAGAUGAAAGUAGUGCCUUUACCCCCCUUUCUUUCUUGCCUAAACCCAGCAUGGGUAGCAAGAGUGAAAGGGCUCCUGACCAUGGCUAAACUCUCCCCUUCCACCAUUUCUCAAAUGCAGCUCUGCAGAAACCUUUCACCAGCAGCUUGGCCCAAACAGAUCCCAGGGCAGCAUUGAAUUCCUGCAGGCUGGGUUUGUGGAGUGAACGGUGCAUUUUGUAUGCCUGUUUGUCCUAUGAACAAGAUGGCGACAGCAGAGAGAAAGCGAGUGUGCAUGUCUGUAUUUUUAAAGGGUGGGUGGAGAAGUGGGUUUCAGUACUCUUAAAUUACUGUUCCACCCCCCCCCCCCUUAUUUAGUUCUUGAACCAGCAUCUGCAAUGGGAGGGGGGGCAUGUGUGAAAGGUUCUGCCAGCAAUUAGUAAGAAGCCUAAAUGUGAGCAUGCAGAAUGAGUCUGGAUGUUCCUUGCUCUACUCUGACACGGUGUGAAAACGAAACCAUCUGUUGGGAGCUGUGUUGCCCAGCAGUGGUGGUGGCAAGCAAUCUCACUAAGAAGACAGCACUGAUUGAGAUGCCUUAGCUGGUCCUGCUCUCCACAGCAGAUCAGGGGGAAGGACUUUUCUUUCCCUUCUGCCUUUCUCUGAAGCUCCAUCUGGGAGUCCUUGGCUCACCUGACACUUGUGGCAUUUCCACACAGAGGGCACUCCUGCCUCUGGCCAUCCAGACAACCUUGUUCCAUCUCAGCAAUGUUGGGUUGUCUUGUCGCUCUGUGUGUUCAGAUUUUUUUUGAAAAAAAUAAAAUAAAAAUCAAACAA